ACGGGGGAGCGUGGCGCCACAGGCGGGAUGGUGGUUCCUCGCGGGGUGCAGUCACGGCCCUUGGGUUGCCCCGUGCCCUCCUCCCUCAGCAGGGACACGGGUUUUCCGCACAGUUGUCACAGCCACGGUGUUGCUCGUAGCAGAGUUCGAGACCUUGAUGUGGCCACAGGGUGGGGGGUGGUGAGUCGGGAGGAUUUAUGCUGUUUACCCCCGUUUUGAGAGAACUGUGCCGUGCCGAUGUGGCAGGCUGCACCACGCGUGGCUGCAGUGGAGGACUCGGGUGCGGGAGCUGGUGGCUUCACUGUGGUGAUUUUCACGUAUCUCACGUUCCAGCUUCAAGUUAUUUAAUCAUCUUGCAUUGCUGGAGAGGUGGGGAAAAGUACAGAAUUGGACAGCUGUACAUGAUAAGCAAGCAUAGCCAUGAGCAGAGUGAUCGAGGUGAAGGUGUGGAAGUGGUGCAGAAUGAACCCUAUGAAGAUCCAAACCAUGGCAAUGGUCAGCUAACAGAAAAACGUGUCUAUCUCAACAGCAAACUGCCUAGCUGGGCUAGAGCAGUUGUUCCCAAAAUAUUUUAUGUCACAGAGAAGGCUUGGAAUUAUUAUCCUUAUACAAUCACAGAAUACACAUGUUCAUUUUUGCCUAAAUUCUCCAUUCAUAUAGAGACAAAAUACGAGGACAACAAAGGAAGCAAUGACAGUAUUUUUGACAAAGAAGCUAAAGAUCUGGAGCGAGAAGUCUGCUUUAUUGAUAUUGCCAGCGAUGAAAUCCCUGAGCGCUAUUACAAAGAAUCAGAGGAUCCUAAAUAUUUCAAGUCACAGAAGACUGGGAGAGGCCAAUUAAAAGAAGGCUGGAGAGAGACCCAUCAGCCAAUUAUGUGUUCCUACAAACUUGUGACUGUGAAAUUUGAAGUCUGGGGACUUCAAACCAGAGUGGAGCAAUUUGUACACAAGGUGGUCAGAGAUAUACUCUUGAUUGGUCACCGGCAGGCUUUUGCCUGGGUUGACGAGUGGUACGAUAUGACUAUGGAUGAUGUUCGAGAAUUCGAGAAAAAUAUGCAUGAAAAAACCAACAUUAAAGUUUGCAACCAACAUUCAUCUACUGUGGAUGAGAUAGAGAGCCAUGCCAAAGCAAGAACAUGACAAUGGAUGAAGUCCGAGAGUUUGAACGAGCAACUCAGGAAGCUACCAACAAGAAGAUUGGGAUUUUCCCACCUGCAAUAUCUAUCUCUAACAUUUCCAUGCCUUCUUCAACCCGCAGUGCUCCAUCUAGUGCUCCAUCAACUCCUCUCUCCACAGAUGCUCCUGAAUUCCUAACAGUUCCCAAAGACCGGCCUCGCAAAAAGUCUGCUCCAGAAACUCUCACUCUUCCAGAUCCAGCAAAAAAACCCCUUUAAAUUAACCCAGCAUGUUUCCUCCCGAUAAGCCAUGUCUACCACAGCAAGAGUGGCAUAACUCAAUUUCUACAAAGGUCAUGGUGGUUUGUUGGUUGGUUUUUUUUGCUUAAAAUAAUCUUACUGGUGUGGAAAGAUUACUUCUUUUCUCAGACUUGAUCCUGAAAACCUUCAGAGAAGUGCAUGCAAGAGAAUGUAGUUUGUAUAUUCCUAAAGUAGUGUUUCAAGCCAUAUAUAUGGUGCAUCUUACUGACAUACAGUGAAAUAGUCUGAGGGGAAUCCUGUAAAAGAAAAUAAAUCUUUCUGUAGCAGUAUUCUACCUACAAAUCCUCAUCUAGGUCAUAGCAUUUAUAACUGGGAGUAGGUAUUUACUAAAGCUGCCAAGGACUUCUGAGGCAAAUUAGUGCCAGCUAGAAUGCAGGGUUAAUAGGAAAAAAACCCUCCCAUUUUCUUCUUUUAUAGCCAAUUUUAAAAUCUUUCCUACUCUCAAGCUUCUCCUGUGUAUUCACGAACAUCUGACCUGUAACUCAUUGUACUUGAGCACUGACAGCAAUCACUCAGACUCACGUUUUGCUUAAUAUGACUCAGGAUUUGGGGCCUAGCUAACAAACACAAAACUUUUCGAACCUAAAAUAUCACUGUAUUGAAGCCCCAGUUGCUAUUAAUUAUACUGACUUUGAGGCCAUUGAACUAUUUCUAUCUUGCACAGAAUUUGUAAAAGAAACCACCCAUUUCUUGUAGAUAAUGUAUUUUAAUAGCUCUCCCUUCCUUUUGUGAUCUCUUAAGUGUGUAUUGCUGUUCAUUAAUGGUGUUCCAUGUGGAAGACUGAAAAAAUAAAAAAAAAAAGCAGCUAAAUUGAGCCACUUGAGAAGCAAAACCGAUGAAUUCUGUCUUUUCCUCACUGGAAGAAGAGUGGUAGU